CCGUUACCUCCCAUUUCCCAUCUUUCCCUCAACUCAAAAACCCCUCAAUCUUUGUUUUCCAUUUCCUAAAAGUUUCAAUCUUUUUAUUCAUUUUUUCAUUACCUAGAACUUCGUUUUUUUCCCUUUAACCAUGACUGUUGAAGUUUCUGUUGAGGAAACCCAGAAAGAAGAAAUGGUGGUUUCUGAAAAAGAGGCAAAAAUGGUGGAUGAUGUUGCUGAGAAAGUUGAGGAAAACCCACAAAAUUCAGAAGAUGAACCAAAACCCAAUUUAGUUGAGAAAAGUUCUUCUUAUAGGGAAGAGAGUAAUUACCUCUCUGAUCUUAAGGAAUCUGAAAGAAAUGCAUUGUUUGAGCUUAAAUCAAAGCUUGAAGAAGCCAUUUCAAGCAAUACCCUUUUCAAAACAGAGGAAAAAAAAGAGAAAGAAAAACCCAUGAAUGAAAAAAAGGAAAAAACAGAGGAAGUAGAUGAAAAAGAAGGAAACCCAGAUGAAAAAACCAUUGAAGAAGGAGAAGAAGAAGGAGAAAAAGAAUCAGAGAAAAAAGUUGAGAAAAAUGAGGAAAUUUCCAUUUGGGGUGUUCCUUUAAUGUCUACUGAAAGUUCUGAGGGUACAGAUGUAAUUUUGUUGAAGUUUUUAAGAGCUAGGGAGUUUAAGGUUAAUGAAGCAUUUGAGAUGCUUAAGAGAACCCUUGUUUGGAGGAAAAAUUUCAAAAUUGGGGAUAUUUUGGAUGAGGAUUUAGAGGAAGAUCUUGAUAAUGCUGCUUAUAUGAAGGGUAUUGAUAGAGAAAAUCAUCCAGUUUGUUAUAAUAUUUUUGGGGUUUUUGGUAAUGAAGAGCUUUAUCAAAAGGUUUUUGGGAGUGAGGAGAAAAGGGAACAAUUUUUGAGGUGGAGGUUUCAAUUUAUGGAGAAAGGUAUCAAAAAGCUUAGUUUUCAACCAGGUGGUGUUAGCUCAAUUCUUCAAGUUUAUGAUCUUAAGAAUUGUCCUGGACCUUCUAAGAAAGAAAUUAGGAAUGCUACUUACAAAGCUAUUGGACUUCUUCAAGAUAAUUAUCCUGAAUUGGUUGUUAAAAAUGUGUUCAUUAAUGUGCCAUUUUGGUACUAUGCAUUUUACUCUCUCAUUUCACCUUUCUUGACUCAAAGAAGUAAGAGCAAGUUUGUUGUUGCACGGCCAGCUAAAGUUACCGAGACUCUUCUCAAGUACAUCCACUUGGAGGAAAUUCCUACUCAGUAUGGUGGCUUCAAGCGCGAAAAUGAGAUUGUAUUCAAUUCAGAAAAUGGAGGAGUUUCAGAAAUUUGCUUGAAACCUGGAUCAACAGAAACAAUUGAAAUUCAAGCACCAGAUGCUGGAGCAACAUUGAUAUGGGACUUGACAGUUGUAGGUUGGGAAGUGAGCUACAAGGAGGAAUUCAUUCCUACUGAUGAUGGAUCUUACACCAUCAUCAUUCAGAAGGAGAAGAAGAUGGAUUCGAUCGAAGAACCCGUUCGAAACACAUUCAGAAACAAUGAGCCUGGGAACGUUGUGCUCACCAUCAAGAGCAAUUCUAAGAAGAAAAAACGCGCCUUCUAUCGAUACCACAUUCAGCAGGGUUGCUCUGUGUGAAGAUUUAUCAUGUGCAAUGGAGAGCUUGUUUAUAUGCUUUUAUUCAAUAUCAAUGUGAUUGGGUUAAGUAUAAAUUCUUUUAGGUGAUAUUUUAUGAUAUUCUUUGGGUGGGUUUGAUUCAUUUGUUCUGGGUAAAAUUGUGGAUUUAUAUUAUUUUCUUAAAAAAGUAUAUCAUUACAGAAUUUCCUGAA